GAAAGGGGGCCCGAACAGGGCUUUAUUUUGAAAGUCCCAACACCUCUUUCGGAAAGCAGGUUCGUCGCGCACGAAAGUUACACCGCACCCCCGCGAAAAAUGGCGGAAAUGUGUGUUGUUUUAUCAACAUCUGCUCUUCGAAGCGUUGCAAUUUCAACCGCGAACUGUUGACAUUUCCUAGGUGCGCCACUGCGAUGACCUUGUACCUCUGGGAUUCAAAACAACAUUGACAUGAUGCACAAUCAAGCUGCCACUCAAGAACACGUGAGCCAGUCUUUCCAGUGUAGCCAUUGUACACUCGAGUUCAAAACCAAUAUCUUCUUAUUUGAGCACCUCACCAACGUGCAUGGCUCCCAUUUAGAAGACGCAGUCAGCGGUGCUGGUUUAACUAACAAUGCCAAGAGCGACGACUCUGAAAGUUCCUCAGAAGAAAGCCAGCUUGGUGAUUUUGAAACCGGUCGCCUCGAGGUUUUCAACGAAGAGGAGCUUAACCAUCAGGAAAACAGCAAUAACUUUAAAGAAGAAGUUUUUAAAAUCCAAGCGUUUGUAUCCGAUGAGGAAGAAUACCCUCCAACCUCAAAGUCUAAAGACUCGUCAAAGGAUUUGAGGUCGUACAAGAAGACGUUACAGACCUCCAUCAGCAACUAUUUUGUAGUAGGCCCCCAAUCAACCUCUGAGAAUUCAAGCGAUAGCUCGGAGCGUAAUGAUAACAAAGGCAGCAACAGCAGUGACCGUAACAAAAGCAGUAAUAUAAUUGAUAGUAGUGAGAAGGUUGACACUCCCGCAAAGUCCCUUGAUAUCGACAACAAAUCUAUGUUCUUGCAAUACAACCACCUUUUUCAAGCAGAUCUGACACCCCCAAUACAUCAAGGCAAAGAACCCACUCAUAAGAAAAAAAUUAACAAAAAGACAAAUGAGGCAGAGGAUAAGACACUUGUGGUGCCGGAGAACAAAACCAAUGAAGAACCAUCAGGUAGGAAAGAGUAUUCAUUUGAAGUGAGUGAAGAUGACGAAGAAAAAAAAGUUAGCGAUGCAACCGUGAGCCCACAGAGUUACCUUUGCAAGCAUUGUAGUCACAAGGAUGGGAGCCUAAUUCGCAUGUCCGCUCAUUAUCACAAAGCCCAUCCUUAUAUACGAUAUCACUCAAACUACGUCCAAGAUCCUGGAGAUUGCAGCGCCACCUUCCGAUGCCUCGCUUGUCCUAUUGAAUUUUCCAGCGAAGUUGACCUCAAGAAGCAUUACAGUGACGAGCACACAGGAGCCCCAGAUAUUUUUUUGCUGCAACGACAUCAACUCGGUCUGAUUUUCAAAUGUUUUCAGUGUACAUUUACCUCGGAUGCAGUGGAUACGCUCAAAGAACACUACAAAGAAAAUCAUCGACUCAAGACCCUAAACCCGUUGAUGUUCCUCAAAUACAUGCCCACUCAAUGCCAAGAAGGCCCAUCACAGUUGAAGUGUGAGAAGACACCCAGUUUAGCAAAACCUCAAAAAACCUCUCCUAAGGUUGAGCCAAACGUGGCCUCGUACCGAUGCAACUGCUGUCAGUUUAGCCACACGUCUGUGAUUGUCAUGCAUGUCCACUAUCAAAAAAAUCACCCGGAAGAAGAGGUCACAUUUGAUAAAAUAAAACAACUGGCUUGUGUCAUGUCUCCGGCAGCCAAGAAAACACCAAUGGAUCAGAACUCCAGCCGAAAAACAGAAAAAGUGAAAAGAAAAAGCUCACAGUCACUUUUAACUCAUCCAGAAGCUCCCACCACCAAGAAAACCGAGUCCUCAAAGGACAGAGAUGAAGGAAACAAUUUAACACCCGAACUUGGAACGCAACCAACUGAGCACGCACAAAAAACUGUAGAAGGAACCUUGAAGCAAAACACCAAUGCGAAGCUCCAGAAACUUCUUGUCAAAGCCCCAGCAAGAACUACCUCCAAACCCAGUAAAGAAACAAAAUCAAGCAAGAAAGAACUUAAGCAAAAAGAGAGCGACAACCCAGCCACUUCACUUCCAAAGAUCAACCUUUACGCUAAGGCCCAGGAUUUGUUUUACUGCCGUAAGUGCAACUACGGGAAUCCUGCGGUUAAAGGAAUAAAAGCCCAUCAAGUCCAAAUGCAUCAAAGUAUUCAUUCCAGUAAUGAACGUAUAGUCGGGUAUACGUCUGAAAUUCAUGAUCAGUUAGAAAAAUUGAAAGCUCAAGCUAAGGAUGAGUCCUUUUCUCCUUCACUGCCUCUUCCAAUUUUGAAGAAAGGAGAAGAAAAUAUGUUUUUCUGCCACUUCUGCAACUUUAGACGACAGUCCAUGUGCGAGCUCGUCCAUCACUACUUUGUAAGGCAUCCUGGGUUUGAGGCCACAACGGAAGAAAUCAAACUGUACACAUCCAAGAUUCUCCAACAGUUGCAGAUAACGCCUGAAAAAACUACGGCAGUUGGAGAAAUGGGCGAGGAAUCUGUUGAGGAGCCACAAAAUAAAAAAAUAAAAACAGCCUCGCAGAAGCUUAAGACUAUUCAGUGCCACAACUGCGCGUACAAGACUUACAGUGCAAGCCUUUUCAGGAUCCAUACACGGAAAUGCCACCGGGUAAAUAACUCAAGCUCGGGUGUUUUAAAAGUUUACCUGAAGCAAGAAAAUGUACAGUCAGGCUAUCAGUGCGACUUGUGCUCCUUCUCUCAUAAGAAAUCUGCCAUGUUGUGUAGCCACUACCGUCAAGAACACCCCGAUAAAAGUUUGAGCUUGGAUUUUAUCACCACAGGGUUACAGGACGACCACAAAACAUCUUCGGUCAAGAAGAAAAGUCGAAUAAAGCGAGAGCUUGACAGCGCAAAUGAAACUGAUGGUCCUUUGCAAACCGAUACCAAGACAUUUUCGUGUCGGGCGUGUUCUUUCAAAGGGAGCAAUGUGGCAAGUAUCAAAGAUCACUAUCGCGCUGUCCAUCCUUGGUGCGUCAAAGAUGACGGCUCGGUCCCAAACGUUAGUGGCAAAAAGAAGUCAAAUGACCAAAAGGAAUAUCUUGAUUCCUUUGACGACUACCAAAUUCCUCUUGAGUUUGAAAAGUCUCCACGUUCGUCUCCCGAACACGAUUUAUCUCCACCCUCCGAGCUCACUAACAAUACACCCCGCGGGACAAAAAAGAAAAAAUCUGCAACUAAAAGUAUUGCCAAACAGCAAGAUGAAAUCCAAGGUCGUGUCCAAGUCUUUAAGUGUACAUAUUGUACCUAUGUGAAUACCAAGCACCAAGGGGUGCUCACUCACUGCCAAAUGAGGCACACGGACCUCAAGUCCAGAGCAGAGAGUCUUCAUGUGGAUGAAAAACAAGUGCGCGAUUGGAACGAUGGUAUGAAAACAAAAGGACAUUGGGACAUGUUUAAGACAUUUCGGGGCUAUAUGUGUAAACUCUGCCCGAAGAUCUUUGCAACUAGUGGAAAUUUGAAAAAACACUGCGAGACGGCCCACAAUGGGGAGCCUGCACCAGACAUCGAGCUAGAUGUAGGUAAAACGAAGCAAAAGAAGAUCCAAAAGAACCCUGUUCCUUCAUACAAGAGUAAAAUCACGAUAUUCAGGUGUCAGCAAUGCCCCUACACCUCCAGCACAAAGAUAGCAUUUGGUCGACACCUGCGUUUUAAGCACAAAAACGCCAAUAUUCAGGAUUUUAGGUACAAUUGUGUCCUUUGUUCCAAUUCUUAUUUCAAGAAGAAACGUCUUGGAGUCCAUUAUACCACAAAGCACGGAAAGGAUGCCUUUCAAAAGUACUUCAUACCGCUCCAUGAUCAUGUUCUAGAGCCGCCACUGCAAACAUCUGCAAGCAGUCCAGAGCGGCCAGAUCCAGAAUCACCGCCAAGCCCUGAUUCCAAAAUCACAAAACAAGUCUUCAGGUGUCCGUGUUGUCCUUACGUCAAUUCCCGCUACCAUGGCAUGUCCAUUCACUGCCAAAUGCUUCACACAGACUUUGCAUUCCGAAUCAAUGAAUUUGUAAAGGAUGAAAUUGUUAUAAACAGCAGUUACCAGUCGGGGUCCAGCAACAAAAGAGGCUACUUGUGUAAUUUAUGUCCAGGAAUUUUUGUAACGCAAAAGAAGCUGGGUAUCCACUCUGUGAAAAAGCAUAGCCCGGAUGCACUGCCAACAACUUCUCCAAAUGCUGCUGCUGCUAUUACUAAAAAUGAAAAACCUUCCUCCGGUGAUCAGGAUUUUCCGAGCUCACUAUUGAAGGCUCUGGCACAGAGCGAGGGAGAUGCCCAUUCGGAAUUUACUCGAAAAAAGUCUAUGGAUCACCAUACCAAGUACAAAUGCUCGCUGUGUCCUUAUUCGUCACAGAUACGAAAGCGCCUUGCCGGGCAUUACAGCAAAGAACAUGGAAAGGCUGCCUUCCUCAAACACUUUGCCAAACUGUACCUGUAUAAAAAAAAUAAAAAACCUCAGCCGGCCGCCCAAGCGGAUGUCAAAACAGAGGAACCGGUAGACGAGGUGGAGCAACAGUCUAGCGAGGUGGAACCCGAAGCCACGAUCUACAAGUGCCGAUUCUGUGUCUAUGAAACGGGGGCUCGAAGGUACCUGAUAUAUCACUACAAAAAUACACACCAACUGGAUGCCGAUACCAGAAACGAGAUGCUACAGGAGUAUAACAAACGUAAAAAAAGCCUUCCCUCCCAACAGUCUAAAGAUUUAGAGGAGACCUUUGAAAGGAAAUGCAAGAAGUGCCCCGACUUAGUCUUUGACUCACCGCAGCUGCUGAUCGCCCACUACAGUAGCGUGCACCACACCGCCAAGAGUUUUGAUUUCACCAUCAUAUAUCCGCUCGGCCGAUCGACUGGGGUUUACAAAUGCAUCCGGUGCCUCAAACAGUUGAAUGGAAUUAAAAAUCUGUGCCAACACCUGGAUCUUCACCGGCAGAAAAUGUGGAUGAAUGCCAGCAAGACGAUGGCACUAGCUUCUCCGGCGAAACCACAGGAUGGUCCACGGGUGCAUGACAUGCCGGAGGGAGCCCAUGAAGGUAACUCUUUGCGGGAAGAAGACAGCUUGCCUUCACCGUCCAAACCCACGGAGGAAGAGCAACAGGACCCAGAAUCGGAAAGCAAGAAUCACGGUUGUACACAAUGCCAGCGAAAGUUCAAGUCUCUGAUCGGUUUGCGGACUCACGAGCGCAGCCACGCCACGCGGGCAGCCCUCCAGGAACUACCGUCGUCUCAGUCGCAGCUCGGCCUCAACAAGUAUCUUAUCAACAAGCCUGGUACUAUAAAGCCUUUCCAGUGCAGCAUCUGCUUCUAUCGGACCAAUUUGAUAGGCCUGUGGAACAGCCACCUGCUGAAGAACCACAUAGAUGUCAUCAUAGAGACUACUGACACCGACAACCAGGAGGAGAGUCCCAGCACCGAAAAGGAUCGCCUACCUUCAUGCGACCAAUUCCCACCAAAAAAUGAAGGGCGGACUAAAGACUGGUAUCUGGAGCCCCCGGAGGUGCAGCGCCAGCUGAGCCACUUCAGCCUGAUGGCGCAAAACGGAGCCUCGACCGAAGCCAACAUGCAGACCACCAGGUUGAGCGACAGCGGCCCGUUUCACUGCGAGUACUGCGGCUUCAUUUCCGAGGGUUUGGCCAGCCUGCGGCGACACUACAUGAGUCGCCACGGCAGGAAGUUGUUCCGGUGCACGGACUGCGACUUCUUCACCGGCUUAAGGAAAACCCUGAAGAUGCACAUGGAGAUGGAUCAUUCCACCGUCCAAAAAGAACCUCCUUCCCACGACAGUGUCCGCUGCCCAUUCUGCCUCUACCAGACCAAGAGCAAGAACAACAUGAUCGACCACGUCCUGUUGCAUCGUGAGGAACGCGUCGUCCCCAUGGAGGUGCGGCGCCCGAGGCUUUCGCGCUACCUCCACGGCGUCGUCUUCCGCUGUCACAAGUGCACGUACACGAGCGCCACCGGCGAAAACCUGCGCUCGCACGUGGCCAAGCACGACAACGUCAAGCCCUACAGGUGUCGCCUGUGCUACUUCGACUGCUCGAAGCUGAGCAACUUGGAGGCCCACCUGUGCAGUAAGCAUCAAGUUGUCAGGAACCACGAGCUUGUGGGCCAGGUCAAUUUGGACCAGCUGGAGAUGAAGGGCAACGAGGAGGAGGAGGAGGAAGAAGAAGAAGAGAGGUCCAGCGUGGAAAAUGAGGAUGUUUUUACAGAUUCCAACCAAGCAACAGAGGAGAGAGACUCUAGUGAGCCUGCAGAGGAUGUUGUGAGGAUGGAGAAAAGCAUCUGUAAAGAUAAGAAGAUGCAGGAGGAGGAGAGUGGGUCGUCUAGGACAAACCCAGAAGAACCAGAGAACAAUUCUGACCUCCAAAGUGGGCACGGAAGCUUUAUACAAGAAGAAGGAAAGGAGGACGCGGAAGGGAGCUCCAAAGAAAGCCACGAAUCUGGCAAGUUGAGCCUGAAGUCCCUCCAGGACAAGACGCUGAACGCGGAGGCGCGUGUGGAAAAGGACAUACUGCGCCACAUCCUGCAGCGGGAUGAGGACGGCAAGCUCCACGCGCGGCAGGAGGAAAGCACCAGCGUGCGUCGGGUCAUCUUCCAGGACGUCAAGCGGGAAGUGGACGGAGGCUGCAGUCCUUUGAGGGAAAAUGUCUCACUGAAAAGCACCAGAGACGACAAAAGGAAGCUGGGCGACUCUUACGGACGCACGGCAACGGCAAAUGAAGGAUGCCUGCAGGGGGAACGGAGCCCCGUCGCACCGAAGGAAGGACAGGACGAGGAGGAUAAGAAGACGAGACGAGGGAAGCUCGAGGAACUUCAGGAGAAAGAACGAGGGGGAAAGACGCUUGGGCCGAAAAGUAAGGACCGAGAAGUUUUUGGAGGUGCGUCAGAGAUGGGGGACGCCGCUGCUCCCGAGGAGAAGACGUUCCCUUGCGAGUUGUGCGGACGAAACCUCCGAAGCAAAUCGGAGCUGGAGAUCCACGCCGCUCGCCACGGGAUGUGAAAAGCCCUCCAGUCCAUGAAAACAGGCCCAAAGUAUCGAAACACUAUUUCUAAUACACCGAAAGACAUUUCAGAUGUCCCGCCUUUAAAAUGUUUUCUACAUUUUAAACAUUUUCUAAAAGAACGUGUUUGUUUUUUUUUAAAUGUAAGAUAUUACGUUAUCUUCAGUAGAAUAAAUAAAGCUUGGAAAACAGCC